AUGCCGCCCAAGGGAACCAAAGGGGCCCCCAAGGGAUCGUCCUGGGAAAACCCUGUACUUCUCCAAGAUCUCGCGCUGGCUCUAUACGAGACUGCGAGCAAGGCCGGCUGCUUCAGCGCGGCCACCAAGAUGGAGAUCGAGGCGUUUAUGAAGCAGCAGGGCCAUCCCACUACGUGGGAGGCUGUCCGCUCCUUUGUUCCCUACAACUUCAUCCUACAACCCACACCCAGCUCGUCGUAUCCAACAUCCUGCACAAUGGGUGGUCGCCAGAUUCAGAAGUGGGAUCCCGCGGUCCAUGAGGAUAUCCUCAUUGCGAUAUUCCAGCACGUCAACCUCUCCACGGUGGAUUGGUCCUCGAUCAUGGGCGACAUGCGCAGCAAGGGCUACACCUUUACCGAGGGUGCCUUACGGUAUGCCCAGUGUUGA